AUGGCUUGCCCCUAUUCGUUCACUAUCUGGAAUUGGCUAUGUUCUGGCUUACUAGGAAGAAGGAUAAACCCAGAUUGGGAGAUCACUCUUCGGUCCAUUACUCGGCAGAACAUUGAGAGGGAUGACUCUCUGUUGCUCCGCUUAGCACUUCAAGCCACUAUUUAUGGCAUUUGGAGAGAACGAAACAACAAAAGACAUCAACAAUCUCCUCGAUCUGUCCUUUUACUUACUAGAACAAUUGAUAAGGACAUGCAAAACCGAUUGCAAGCUAUCUACCAUGGAGACGAGAGUCGUUUGACUGAAGUGAUGCAACGCUGGUCAAGAUCAACAAGCAUCCCCAGUUGA